AUGGAACGAGGGUUUAUUUUCUCUCUAUUAGCCGUUUUUUCCGUCAUAUCCCUUUCAAUUUACAUCACCACCCACCAUCACAAUCACAAUAACCGCCACCCUUUUCUUCCUUCUCCUUCUCCUCCGACUUCCCUCAUUUCCAAGUCCGACGACAGAAUCUGGCCUAAAUUGGAGUUGAAUUGGAGAAUUGUGAUGGCAACGAUAAUAGGGUUCUUGGGUUCUGCAUUCGGAACAGUUGGUGGUGUUGGUGGUGGCGGCAUUUUUGUUCCCAUGCUUACUCUGAUCGUUGGAUUUGAUACCAAGUCUGCUGCUGCUCUUUCUAAGUGUAUGAUAAUGGGGGCAUCAACAUCAUCAGUUUGGUAUAACCUAAGAGUACCACAUCCAUGCAGAGAAGUACCAAUUCUAGAUUAUGAUUUAGCACUCUUAUUUCAGCCUAUGCUCAUGCUUGGAAUCACUCUUGGUGUUGCUCUUAGUGUUGUUUUCCCCUAUUGGCUCAUCACUGUUCUUACCAUACUCCUAUUCUCAGGGACAUCUUCAAGGUCUUUCUUAAAAGCUAUAGAUAUGUGGAAGGAAGAGACAAUAAUGAAGAAAGAAAUGGAAAGACCACGAGAGCCAACUGUAAAUUCUCGUGGUGAAUUGCUUAUUGACACAUACGAGCCACUGAUUCCUAAAGAAGAGAAAACGCCAAUGCAAAUUUUUCUGUUCAAUUUACGUUGGGAGAAGCUAAUGGUCCUGAUAGUCGUAUGGGCUGCUUUUCUUGCUCUUCAGAUCAUUAAGAAUGACUUAGUAGCAUGCAGUACAUCAUAUUGGGUAGUCACCAUAAUACAGUUCCCUGUAGCAUUAGCAGUAUUCGGAUACGAAUGUGUUAAGUUGUACAAAGAAAGCAAGAAGCGUAAAAGCAUGGGGAAUCCUGAAUCAGUGUGUGAGGCUGCAAUCGAUUGGACUGGGCCCCACCUUACGUUUUGUGCAUUUUGUGGAAUUUUGGGUGGCACGGUUGGUGGGCUUUUGGGGUCCGGUGGUGGCUUCAUUCUUGGCCCUCUUUUACUUGAGAUCGGUGUCAUGCCACAGGUUGCAAGUGCAACAGCGACAUUUGUGAUGAUGUUCUCAUCAUCAUUAUCUGUAGUUGAGUUUUACCUUCUCGAAAGAUUCCCAAUUCCUCAUGCCUUGUAUCUUAUGGCAGUAUCUAUAACAGCUGGCUUCUGGGGUCAGUUUUUCAUCAGAAAGCUUGUUGCAGUACUAAAACGAGCUUCAAUUAUCGUCUUCAUUCUUUCAGCUGUCAUCUUCACCAGUGCUCUUACAAUGGGGGUUAUUGGCAUUGAUAGAAGUAUCAGGAUGAUCCAUAAUCAUGAAUUCAUGGGAUUUCUUGAGUUUUGUAGCAGUCAAUAG